AUGCCCGUAGGAAUUAAGCUAAAUGCGAUUAAUAGUGUUCGAAUUUGUAGCCCUCUCCGCUGUUCCCUGAAAGAGCUUGAGCGUGUUCAGAAUAGUAGUGUCCCUGAAUUUCAGGCUGAGAUUCAGCGUAUGCCUUCAAUCCUUCGCCUCCUUCGUAGCUUCCAGAAGAAUAAUGUUCUAAGCCUCCUUGUUCAUAGCCACCUUGAUGAAGACCUGCGUGUUCUAAUCCUCCUUGUUCCAAUGAUCCUUGUUCAAGACCAUGCUCAUAUCCUCCAUGACCGAGAC